CUUGCCUUAAUUUCGGUGACAGACGUAAAUAUGUCAGUUUCUGACGGGUGCAAGACUGCACUUCAGAUAGAAAUCAGAAAGUUGAGGAAGAAAUUGCGACAAAUUGAGAAUCUUGAACGACUCGAUCGAGCACUUCUUGAAGAAGAAAUUACAAAAAUAAAGAAAAGAGACAGCAUCCGUAAACGUUUGCGAGAAUUGCUUAUUGAAGAAGCUGAAGGUUGGGCAAAGCAUGAAGCCUCUGAAGCAACGUCGGAAGUUGAAAGUGAAUUGGUCAGUGAACAGGGAACGACUCAGAGAAACUUUAUCUCAGAACUUGAAACCACUGAAGAGGAAUUAACUCCAGAAACAGAAAUAUUGUCUCCAUCUUGUGAAGAAAACGGACACUUUGAAGUUGAGUCAAUAUCACAGAAUAAUUCAGAGCUAUCGCAAAAUGAUACAGAGAUAUCAGAAAAGGAGACUGCUGAGGUCCUUCAACAGAAAGAAAAUGAUGCUUUGGAAACCCAAAACCAACAAGUCACUGGCAGAGCUGAUGAUGAUACAACAAUCAGUGUGAAAGAAACAAUACCAGAUCAAAGUAAAUUAAUAAAACCAAAAGUGCCAAAACGUGUUUGGAACCGAAGUCAGUUCCUGGUGUAUAAUUUGGAAGGUCACAAUGAUUUAGUAACAGACAUGGACUCAGAUGGCAAUGUUCUAGUAACAGCCAGUCGAGAUACAACAAUACGAUCCUGGGACCUUAAAACCUUUCAGGAAAUCCACAUCUUUAGUGGUCACACUGGUAGUGUAACUUCUCUUCAACUUUUAAAUAAAGAUGAUUCCAAUAGAAUUGAUGAACUUCAUGGUGAUGGAAAAGGUGGUUCUCUCUAUUUGCUUAGUGGGUCCCUUGACUGCAAUCUGAAGCUAUGGCAUGUUAAAUCUGGUCAUGUGGUGAAAUCCAUCUACACCUAUAAUCCCAUCACAAAACUAUUCUAUGUCAGUGAAGAAGAAAUUAUUAUUACAGCUUCUGAUGGUGGGAAACUUGAAUUAUGGAGUGUGACCACAACAGAUAACCUCUACUCCUUCUGUAUUUAUGAGGAAUCAGUUACAGGACUUCAGGUGUGUAAUAAUUACAUUUAUAGUUGUUCAUCAGAAGGAAUAAUUAAAGUCCAUCAAUGGCAGAAGAAGAAAUUGCGAUGUAUGUAUGAAUCAAGUGACCUUCAUUUGGCCAACUUCACUCCUGUCUGUCAGCGAAACAUUAGAUCUUUCUUUGUGGUCAAUGACAAAAUUUUCUAUGGAGAUGAUGGCAUCAAUAUUAAGGUUGUUGACUGGAAAAAAGCAAUUGUUUCAAAACUCUUGAACCAUACAGAGAAAUUUGGAGUCACCGAUGCCAUCUUCUGUCACCAAGACACCCUGUAUUCUUCUGCAUAUGACCUUGAUAAAGGCCUUGCAUACAUCAAUGUGCAUUCACUUCCUGGUGAAGAUUACCUGGGUACGCUGAAUGAUGAAGCCACCAAUCAGAUCAAGUGUAUUACAUGGUGUAGAGGUUCAAUCUCCACUGGAAAUUUACUUUUGUCCACAGGUGGAUAUGAACUGAAAGUUUGGAAACAACUGGCAUCCUCCAAGAUCCCCAGUGACUUGAGUGUUGUAUCAGUGUGGUACCUACCAAAGUUGACCAUGUCUGGCCAGUUUUCCGAUAAUGAGUCUGACUUCUCUGAUGAAUGUGGUGAAGACGAGAUCAGUGAGGAUUCUAGUGAACAACUAUGGCAGGAAGAACUAACCUCUGAUCCAUCACCAGGGAUGUCUGGCUGGUUCACUAUGUGUCACAUUUUGUAAAUUCCCUAUUAAAAAAUCCUAUGGUAUCUUUUUAA